GAGGCAGGAAAAGUUUUUUCACAGCAAAAUGCAGGGUUUGUCCUUCCCUCUGACGUCAGAUCUCCUUUAACAAAACCCCUCAGGGCUGCGGAGGAGGAAUAUCUGUGGCUCCCGAUGGGCCGGGCUAGUCUGGGCCCAGCUCCCCGGAGAGGCAGCCGGAUCCUCUGCUCUCCUCAGUGGAUGCCUGUGCCACCGACUCCCAGGCAUGCGGUGGUUCCUCCCCUGGGCGCUGGCAGCAGUGACAGCAGCCUCCGCGGGCAGCGUCCUGGCCAUGGCUCUCUCUCCAGCCCCCGAGACCAUGGGUGUCACUCCAGUGCCACUGGAGGACACGGCCUCGCGUCUUGAAUUCUGCAAGUGGCCAUGUGAAUGCCCGCCAUCGCCACCCCUCUGCCCGCUGGGAGUCAGCCUAAUCACAGAUGGCUGUGAAUGCUGUAAGAUAUGUGCCCAGCAGCUGGGGGACAACUGCACAGAGGCGGCCAUCUGCGACCCCCACCGGGGCCUCUACUGUGACUACAGCAGGGACCGCCCGAGGUACGCAAUAGGAGUGUGUGCACAGGUGGUCGGUGUGGGCUGCGUCUUGAAUGGAGUGCGCUACAGCAAUGGCGAGUCUUUCCAGCCCAGCUGCAGGUACAACUGCACGUGCAUUGGCGGCGCGGUGGGAUGCACACCUCUGUGCCUCCGUGCACGCCCUCCACGUCUCUGGUGCCGCCAGCCCCGACGUGUAAGAGUGCCAGGCCAGUGCUGUGAGCAGUGGGUGUGUGAAGAUGAUGCCUGGAGACCUCGACAAACCGUGCUGGGUGACACCACAGCCCUGGCUGUAAAUGACAUGGAACCCUGGCACGGGAACUGCUUACCCUACACCAGCCCUUGGAGCCCCUGCUCCACUACCUGUGGCCUAGGCAUCUCCACUCGGAUCUCCAACACCAAUGCCCAGUGCUGGCCUGAGCAGGAAAGCCGCCUGUGCAACCUGCGGCCCUGUGAUGUGGACAUCCGCCCUCACAUCAAGGAAGGGAAGAAGUGUCUGGCUGUGUUCCAACCAGAGGUGCCCAUGAACUUCACUCUUGCAGGCUGUGUCAGCACCCGCUCCUACCGACCCAAGUACUGUGGAGCCUGCGUGGACAAUAGGUGCUGCAUCCCCUACAAGUCCAAGACCAUCGAUGUCUCCUUCCAGUGUCCCGAGGGGCCUGGCUUCUCCCGCAAGGUCCUGUGGAUUAAUGCUUGCUUCUGCAACCUGACCUGUAGGAAUCCUAAUGAUAUCUUUGCUGACUUGGAACCCUAUCCUGACAUCUCAGAAAUCGCCAACUAGUCAGGCAGAAGUCAUGAGAUUGGGACCUGGCUAAAUGCUUGUAAAGCCGCCAGCAUUCUGAGGCAAAUAACGUCACAAUUGAGCCUUCCUUUGUUAGUUCUUACCCACUUUCAAAAACUCCAGUCUGGACCUUCAACCUCACUUCCUGUCUUCCACCACCCAGAUGACACAUGAUGGUGCUGCUCAGGCCCAAACAAUGGAUCCCCUCUUGGGUGGUGUUGUGUAUCACACCAAAGAAAAUGCCUGUUUCUAGCUGUUCUAAACAAGACUCCAGCCUGAUUCAGCCUGGCUUGCCCAGGUCCCAAGGAAUGGAACCAGCUAGAUAACCCAGUAUCACAGAUUUUCUCUGUAGUGGCCAACUCGAGGAGCCCUUAGGUCUGUACAGAAGGAUGGGUCUGUGGAUUAAACUCCGUUUUCUUGUCUGAGGACAGAAGCUGAUCAGUUACUUAGAAAUGGAAAUACAUUUAAUAGGGAUUAAAAGCCAAAAAAGAAUUGAAUCUAAAAGAAACAGAAGGUUGUUAUAAAUGGAAAUGCAACUCUUAUUUAUUUCCUUACUAGAAUAUAUUACUGUCAUAUUCUUUGAUUCAGUAUCUUCUCUGUGCUAGACUUUGUUCUCUGUGUCUUCUGUAUACUUGCUUAUUGAAUCUUGAUAAUGUUGAUGAGUUCUCAUUAUCAUUUCUAUUCUUACAAAUGUGAAAUGGAAACUCAGAAAGGCAAGAGAAACCUGACCAGAGUCACCCAUCUAGUAAAUGAGGCAACUGGAAUUCAAGUCCAAUUUGGACUGACCUCAUAAGCCAUACUUUUCCUGUUUCUACAUCUUUCCAAUGUGCUAGAAUAGCCAAACAGUGAAAAAAGCAACCUCAUGUUCUCAUCUUUUUGCUUUGGAGCUUUUUUCCCCAAAGAAAUGUCUGAUUUCCUGAUUAUUUAGGUCCUUAAAGAUAUCCCCAAAAGUAGGAGGCACAAAAAUCUAUGCAUUCCCUAAGAUCAUCCUCUUCUUCAAAUAAGAAUGAGCUUAUGUUGUGCAUUUAUAAGUGAUUCUGUUUACCUGACGCUGCACACUGGGCUAAUGUGCAGUUAUUCAUGAAGGAAUUACAUGCAGCAUGCAUAUGGUUUCUUCCACAGGAAAAAGGAUCAGGAAUUUGCCCUCCUUACUGUGACCUCCCAAAGGCCUGGCACAGUACAAGGCUUACCGCGGUGCUCAAUAUGUAUUUGAUGAAUAAGUUGUAUAUAUGUUUCCACUGUUAUUUAGAAGCUCUCUUCUUGCAGUCGUGUAAAAAUCUAAUUUUAUCAAUGAAAAUCUUAUAUUAAGCACCACAGGAGCAACAAUAUUUUAAAGAAAUGUAUAUUUGUGUAUGUAGAGAAAUUCUCAUGUAAUGAAACAACUUAUUCCACCAAUCAUAUCUGUUGUGUCACGUUGGAAUUUCUUGGAAUAGAAAUACCUACCACCUAUAAGGCUAGAGAACAGUACGCUAUAUGAGAUUCAGGAGAAAUCUAAGAGUCAGGUUCUAAGUGAAUUUAUGCUCCAAUUGGGAAGCUGAGCAUGGCUUCCUAAAUCCUAGGAAAUCUGGUUGGAGGAGUUGGGGGUUAUGUUGGAACAGGGGGAUGGGAUUGCCAGUCUCACUCAGUUUCUGUUGGUUUUGAGAAAUAGACCUGGCCCACGCAGGUCCAAAGAGAACAGCUUUGACCAAUGAGUUUAAGUCAUGUGGAAGGAUACUUAUUCCCUUCUUUAAAUAAGCUCUUUCUAAUAGAAUUAUGGUGCAAUGAUGUAAGAAUAAUUACAUUGAAACUUGUUCCAUUUAUUGAGUCUUUCCCUGGUGCCAACCACUAUGCUGUUUUACAUUAUUUCAUCACUUAUCCCAGCAAUGUUGACUACACAUUUCUUUUCCACUUUAUAUAUGGAAACUUUGAGAUUCAAAGGGACUGGGAAUUUGGGACUCAAACCCAAGCUUAAUUUAUUCUACCUUGCUCUUGGGGUGGCCCCCAGGGAGAACCUGGAUGACUCCUCUGAGACUUCCAGUGGCAAGGUUUCAAAAAGACCAAAGAGGUCCCUUCUCUGGUCCCUUGGGAUCCUGUUCUGAGAUGAAGGAGAGGCCCACUAUGGGUUAUUUAACCUUCAGGGGAAAAAAAGCUCGUGGCCACAUCUUCAGCAAAUUUCUCUGGUGUGCUUAGCUGUGAGAGAGGGAGACCUGAACUCAACAAACCACUGAUUCCUGCUAAACCCUAUGACAAGGGUUGGAGGAGCCAUUGGCAUAUGCCAGGCCUGCUGCUAGGUGCUUUGCUCCCAUAUCUCAUUUCACCUUCACAGUGAACCCAGGAGAUGUGGCGUUACUAACACUGCCCUUUGAUAUAAGAUAGCUGUGUCUCAUAGAGUUAAGUAAUUUGCAUAAAGUCUUACCAGCCGGAGAACAGCAGAUCAGGAUGGCAAACCCAUCUGACACCUGAGCUAUCUCUCCUGGGACUAAACCUAGUUAUCCUGCCACUGAGUCUCAGGAAGAUUUACAGGGAAUGUUUCAUUGACAAUAGCUGCAAUUUCAGUUUCGAAGGUGAUUCAGAGAGUGAUUAAAGAAAGUAGAUGCAAAUGGUAUGAUCGUCCACACUCUCACUGAUAUGAUCCUAUGCAUACUUAAGGAUUAUGGAGAAGCAAUGCAUCCUGGGAUCCUUAUAUUGAAUGACUUCACUGCUUUUUAAGGACUUGUGAUGUAAAGUAACAGCAAUGAUAGCCCAGCAUAGGUGGGAAUCAUGUAUGGUCAUAUAAUUAAGUAGGUACUACCAUAAAUACCCAUAUAUGUGUGUAUGUAUAUGUAUGUAUAUAUCUAUUUUCAAAAUGUGACUUAAUAUUUAAAUAUUCCUACUGCCAUUUUUGUAAGUGACCAAAUGAUCCAUAUGAAGAAAUGCCUUAGAAUUUCUCACUAGUGGGAAAAUAGCUCUUGGGAAAUCUGUCAUGUUUUAUAGUAUUCCUCAUUUUUCUCAUGAUUUGUGUAGCAUAGAACAUAUUGUUCAGCGUGGAUUUUUAUUGCUCAAAUUCUUUGUUUACAGCUUUUCUCUUUAAAGCAAUAAAUCAUAGCAGUGUAAAUUA